AUGUCUUCUGAACAAAGCCCUAGUCAGAAUCCCGAGUCCCGAUCUUCUGAUAUGGAGACCUCCCAAAAGUCCCAACCAGUGACACUGGACCUUCUCCCCACUGAAGUCCUUCUCCUGAUCUCAGGUGAACCCGGAAAAGACCAAAACAUCAUCUCAGCUGCGGAUUUCAAGGCGCUAUGCUUACUCAGCCCUCCUCUCCACCAAGUGUACCUCCCAUUCUACUAUUUGGGGGAUAACAGCGGCGCGUUCCGUCAGGCACUGAGAAAAGCUGAUGUCAAGGCAAUGGAACGAUGCGCCCAGUUUGGAGCGGCACCUGAUACGAGAUGGGAACUGCCUGAGUCUGGCGGUUGUCAAUGCAUCUCUGAGCGUCGACAUACCCACCACAGGCCCAUCGAUGAGCUACUGGAGUGCCUUUACCUAGGCGAAACUCCCAUUGACAAGUGUGCCGACGCUCUGGAGUGGCUUCUGCAAAGACAGUUUGACAUGAAAGAGCAGCAAGAUCAGCCGUGGUACGCAGCAAACGACUAUUGUGACCACGUCCCUGAAUUCCUGCUCAUGAUCCUGAGCAAGAGUCCUGAUCGUGCCCGCACAGAAGGCAUCUGCCAGAUGAUCAAGAUGCUGCACAGCCAUGGUUAUUCACUCCCUCACAACAUGAAUUUUGAUUCAUUUAUGUGUCGAAGCUGGGAAGAUGUCGGACUAGUCCGCUAUAUCACAGGGCCUCUAGACGUGGCUUUGCGUUCCCAUUGCCCACCUUAUCUUCUUGAGCUUGUCCUCCGAGAUUAUGCGCGCCGCCUUGUAGAUUUUGAGGUCACAUAUGAGGAGCUCCCCCAUCCCCUCAUGCAAAGAUGGGCAGGGAAGUACCGCCUACAGGAACCCGAACACUUGCUUUUCGGAGGAGGAGUAGUGGAAACAGUCGACAAGCCGUGGUGGAAACUCACCAAUGUACUACACACGGUCUGGGGACUUUUCCUGGAUCUGAUGGAUAGCUCUACGGCCUGGGCGGAGGAGUACCGCGGUGAAGCUGCAGAUGUGUUUGCCAAGAAGAUUGAGAUUCUCAACGAGUAUCGAGUGCUCAACCAGCUUGAAGAGAACAUGCUGAGAGGCAUCGUGCAAGCUAUGCGAUUUAUGACUACUCCUACAAAAGCUAGCUGCAACGGCGUAGUCAGUGAUUCGGAUUCUCAGCGCUGUUGGGAAGCACUGUACAGUGCGAUCAUCCCUUUCGAGACUAUCGAAGAGCAUUGGUUUCUGGAUUACUGGGAUCUUAUCGACCCUAACAUUAGCCUUGGCUUUCCUUGA